UCCACCAUGAGCCUACCUAUUGUUCUUUCCUAUACUGUGGCACUGGUCAGCUGUCAUACAAAAAAGGCCGCGGUGUCCGUUCAGAGGUUCCUUUCUGACUUCAGACUUUGAGAAAUAUUUUGAUCUAUUUACGUUACAUCUAUGAAAAAUAUGAAGCUUCUUACACACAAUAUGUUAACGUCUAAGGCAAUGAAAGGCGUGACAGUCGGCUAUCCUUUGAAAAUUGUUGCCCGUGAUAUUAGAGUUUCCGAAGUAGAUUUUAAUCCUGAGUAUAUUGCUAGGAUAAUACCAAAACUAGAUUGGGCGGUUCUGUGGAAAGCUGCUGAGAGUAUAGGACAUGUCGGUGAAUUACCUCAAAUUCUAAUAGAAGAUUUCGAAACAAAUGAAGACUUUUUGAAAAAGGCUCAUCAUGUUCUAUUGGAGGUCGAAGUUAUAAAUGGGGAAUUAUUGUGUCCAGAAUCAGGCAGAAAAUUUCCCAUCAACGAUGGCAUUCCAAACAUGCUUUUAAAUGAAGAUGAAGUUUAAACGACAACCAAAUAUUUUAAAAAUAUAUUAUCAUUUUACUUUUAAUUAUAACUAUACACCAUUGUUUCUUUAAUUAUAUCUAGAUUGUUACAUAUGUCUGUAUCAUGCGUAUUAUCAUUAGUUUUACAUUUUUAUGUUACAAUACAGCCAAUAGUUUAAUAAGGAUAAAGAGAGUGAUUUAUAUUUAAUGUAUUAUAAAGAGCACGUUAAGUUGUGGUAUAUAUAUUUUUGCGUGUGUGCAAGCGUGUGUGUGAAUAUUGUAACAAAUUUCCACCUCAAAUAAUUUGGAGAUAUGUUUAGUUUGAAAUGAAAUAUAUAAAGUAUAGUAUUGUUUUUUAUAAAAAAUUACAAUUUGUCUUACAAUUUUGAAUAUAAAUUUUUAAAAAUUUAUUUCUUAUCCCUAGAUAUAUAUUAUUCAGAGUUGGGAACUAACGAGAGUUACUUGUAACGAAGUUACAAUUACAGUUACUUUUUUUGGUAACUAAUAACUUAAUGCAGUUACAUUUUUUUGGUAACUAAUAACUAUUUUGAUAGUUACUUUAAUAGUUACUUUUUUGGAACAUGCGCUAAAAUUUUUAAUCAACCGCAAAAAAUCGAGUCCACACAAGAGGAAUUAUAUCAAUUCUUAACAUUGAAUAAUUCCAGUAUUAAUAUGCUAAAUAAUUACACUGCAAUUAAGAAACUUUUUAUUAAAUAUAACACAGGCAUUCCGAGUUCUGCAUCUGUGGAAGAUAUGUUUAGCAUCGGUGGCUCUAUAAUGACGCCAUAAAGAGGUUUUUUUACGAUGAUAUAUUUGAAAAUCAAAUUCUAUAAAAAUUUUUAUGAAAAUUUUGUAAAAAAAAAUAUGAAUCAAUGUAUGACAACCAAUGUAUCGUUAUAUUUUAUUUAAUUCUGGUAACAGUAAUAUACGAUUUUGAGUUUUACCUUUACAAAGUUCUCAUUUAGUGUACAUAAAAUAACUUGUUAAAGUACAUAAUAUAUAACAGUUAGUAAAGCAUAAUAUGUAAGAUUCUUAUUUCUUAUAUUUAAAAUAAUGUACAAUUAUUUAAGAAAAAAGUAACGACUCGUUAUUUUCUUAGUAACUGUAACCGUAACGAGUUAUUUUUCAAAAUUGAUAACUUGUAACUGUAAUUAGCUACUUUUUCAAUGAAAAAACUGCUGUAACUAUAACUAGUUACUUUUACAAAGUAACUUUCCAACCCUGAUAUUAUUAAAUAAUUAGCAUUUAUUAUUAAUUAAUAUGUUAAAUAAAACUAAACUGGUGUUGUUUAAAGAAAAAGUACAAAAGAAAUUUACAUAAAAUUUUAGAAGUUUAAUGCUGGAAUUGCAAAAAGAUAAACGGUAAAAUUGUACUCGCAUCAAACAGUUUGUGUUUAUGACAAUUUAUGAAUCGUAAAGUUCCAAAUUGAGAAGAAAAAAUUAGUUUUUCAUAAAUUUGUUACGGUAAACAACGAAAUUUAUUGAUUAGCCUAAUAUACGCAUACCUCGUAAACUAAUAAUUUUUAAUUACAUGGUGACAAAAAUGUUUAGCCACAAAGUUGUAUUCUCGAAGCUCUUUAAAAGCUUUUAUUGUAUAAUCACAGGCGGUCAUUUUGAACAUCAUUUAUUAUUUUUCGUUUUUAUUAAGAUGUAAAAAUACUUUAAAAUUUAUUUUUUAUUAAGCUUUAGUUACUAAUGAUUUUGAUAAUUAUAACUUUGUAACCGAACUUUUGUUCCACCUUUGUAUAGAACAGGUAAUUUAAUUAAAUUAUAGAUUGCUGCAUGUAUAAUACGAUUAUAUGUAUUUUAUUGCACAGAUAUGUCUAAAGACAAUGAGAUAUAAUUUCUCGUAUCAUUAGCAAUACUUAACAUACAACAUUUCUUUUAUUUAUAUCACGUUCAUAUUGCUACUUAAAUAAUUCGCUCGAGUAUCAUUCUACGCGGGUAUUAUCUACUCGUUCCCACUGGGACAGUUAGCAACGUAACAUUUUGAUACAAUUAUUUUACUAUAUCGCUAUAAAACAUAGCAAAUUCUCCCGUAGCAAUAUUACAAUAAAGUACAUUAAAUUAUAAGCAAAAUAGAAAGUAUCCUAGUAUAUAUUUGUCUUAGAUAUAAGAUAAUACUGAUUGAAAUAUACGAAAAAUAUGUGACAAUAUAGCUUGACAAAAUAUCUAUACAUAUAUACGUAACACAUAUAUAUAAGUUACUUUAGACUUAAAUUCAAAUCAAGUAAAGUUAUUGGUAUAUUCUCUGUAUAAGGAAUAAUUUCUUGAUAGAUGAACAUACUUUUGGAUAUUAAUUUUCUAAACAUUUCACUUACACCAAGAGGAUCAAAAUCAAUGGUCGAAACGUUGUGUAUCUAAUAAACGAAUUUGCCAGACAGUCGAUUUGACAAAUUUUAUUAAUUUAAUUUUCUAAGAUGCAUAUAUUGUAGUACAAAAUGACUAUCAUCUCUUGCACAAAAUUCUCUGUAAUAUCUUAAAUUGUAAUUAUUUGAAAUAAGUAUUACAGUUGUUCAUAUAAUCUGUUAUGCGAUUAAAAUCGAUUAUCAAUUCAAAUACUACACAAUUAUAAAUGCUAUUAUCGUUCCUCUUUCUUUAGAAUAGAAUACUUCAAGUACAUACAUAAGUUUGAUAAAUCGUUAAAUAAUACUUUUCAUGAAGUAAUAUAUAUGAUACAAACAAAUACACUUUAAGAAGUACUUUUAAUCGAAAUGACUUUAAUUUAAUAACUAAUAUUAUCGAAGGACAUGUGUGUGUGUGUGUGUGUGUGUGUGCAAUGUUAUCUACUUGUAGUUUUCUAUACGUAUUAAUAGUAGUUUCCUGUACCAAUGGCAAUGCUCAAAAUAUAGCAAAAUAUAUUACUUUAUUCCCCGUAA